AUGAAUUUCAAUCAGAGAAGAUUCCAUCAAAGCCUGAGUUCCUCCUCCCAGGGCCCUGCGCUCAGCAUGAGCAGCUCCAUAUAUAGGAGGGGGGUCGCACCCAGCGUGUAUGGAGGGGCUGGAGGCCACGGCACCCGCAUCUCGACGUCUAGACACAUGCUAAACUAUGGGAGCGACCCUGCUGGAGGAAACCUGCUUGCUGGCAAUGAAAAGAUGACCAUGCAGAACCUAAAUGACCGCCUAGCAAGCUACCUAGAAAGAGUGCGGUCACUGGAGCAGUCCAACUCCCACCUUGAACUGCAGAUCAAGCACUGGUAUGAAACCAACACACCUAGCACCAGUCGGGACCACAGUGCAUAUUUGGAACAAAUCAAAGAGCUGCGAGAUCAGAUUAAAGAUGCUCAACUGCAGAAUGCUCGAUGUGUCCUGCAAAUCGAUAAUGCUAAACUGGCUAUCGAGGACUUCAGGCUGAAAUAUGAAGCUGAGCAGGGGAUUUGCCAAACAGUGGUGGCUGAUAUUCGUGACCUGAAAAUGGUCUUUGAUGACUUAACUCUAAAGAAGGCAGACUUCGAGAUUCAAAUUGAAGAGCUGACUAAAGACCUGCAUCUCCUCCAAAAAGAACAUGAGGAGGAAGUGAGGAGCCUACGUGCUCAUCUGGGCAAUAAUGUAAAUGUAGAGGUGGAUGCUGCUCCAAGCCUGAACCUCGGUGCCAUCAUGAAUGAAAUGAGGCAGAAAUAUGAUGCCAUGGCCCAAGAGAACCUUCAGAAAGCCAAAGAACAGUUUGAGAUACAGAUUAAUGAUCUGCAAAAGCAAGUCACAGUGAGCACUGAAGAGUUAAAAGGAAACAAGGACCAAAUAAAAGAGCAGAGACACACCCACCAGGUCCUGGAAAUAGAGCUCCAGUCUCUUCUCAGCAUGAAAGAAGCUUUGGAGCAUACACUACAGGAGACCAAUGCUCGUUAUAGCAGCCACUUGGCCACAAUCCAGGCACAGCUAAACUCCCUCGAGGGCCAACUGGUGCAGGUUCGGAUGGACACAGAACGCCAGAUCCAUGAAUAUAAUAUCCUCCUUGACAUAAAGAUCCGGCUUGAGCAGGAAAUUGCUACCUACCGCCGUCUUCUGGAAGGAGAAGGUGUCAAAGAAUAUCAGUUAAGCACUCUGGAUGACAGAGAUAUAAAGAAAACCAGGAAGAUUAAGACAGUCGUACAAGAAGUAGUGGAUGGCAAGGUUGUGUCAUCUGAAGUCAAAGAAGUGGAAGAAAAUAUAUGA